AUGUACCCUCGCACCAUCCUUCAUUCCGGCCAAUUCAGCCGGAUCGUGGAUCCAGAAUUCCCCCGGGGUCUCAGAGUAGGCACCGGACGUCUCAUUCCUCGAAGAUUUACUCCUCGCAACACAUGGGAUUCACCGCAAACGCUGUUCCCACCUACCUGCGGUCGUAAUAAUACCUUGCCUGUGAAUCGGUUCAUCAACAAAACCGACCGCAGACAGUUCCUCAUAUACACAGGCGGCGCAUUCUCAGGUACUACCCAACAACACCCAGAAGGCGGCUGUGCCUUUAUCUUCCAGCCGCCCAACUGUGGGCCUGAUGGCUAUGCCAGCUUUGCUCUGGAGAGGGAAGGUCCCACUGGCCAAGCUCACCCAGGAACAAGAGUUCGGGCCGAGCUGCGCGCGGUCAUCGCAGCUCUUCGACACAAAUACUGGAUUGAGGAGGGCUUCAACAGUCUCGUGAUCGCCACUGCUUCCGAAUACGUUGUGAAAGGCAUCACCGAAUGGGUGUCGGUGUGGCUUACGACCAACUGGAGAACGAGUACAUGUGCUGAUGUCAAGAAUCGUGACCUGUGGGAAUGUCUGCUGGGUGAGAUUGAGGCGUGGGAUGAUGAGGGCAUGGAGAUUCGGUUCUGGGCUAUUCCGAGGCAGUGGAGUACAUGUGCUGACUCUCAUGCUCAAGAGGCUCGACUCAAGAGGCCCCUUGAACAAUUCCAUGAUGUGUAG